AUGCAUCUUCACGUGGUGAAGCUCGUCUUCUUCCUCGCCCUCGCCGCAGCGUGCAGCACCGGCGGCAACGGCGACGAGCAGUUCGUCUACUCGGGCUUCACCGGCGCCAACCUCACCCUCGAUGGAGCGGCCGUCAUCACGCACGCCGGAUUGCUGGAGCUCACCAACGGCACGCUCCGCCAGAAAGCGCACGCCGUCCAUCCCGUCCCGUUCCGCCUCCGCAGCGGCUCGUCGACGUCGACGACGGCGGUGCGGUCCUUCUCGGCGUCUUUCGUGUUCGCCAUCGUCUGCCCCGACGCCGACGCCUGCGGCCACGGCAUCGUCCUCUUCGUCGCCCCGGCCGACCACGACUUCUCCGCCGCGUUCCCCAGCCAGUACAUCGGCCUCUUCAACGGCACCAGCAACGGCGACGCCGCCAACAACCUCUUCGGCGUGGAGCUCGACACCGACCAGAACAGCGAGUUCCGCGACAUCGAUGGCAACCACGUAGGCGUCGACAUCAACAGCCUCACGUCCGUCGACUCCGCCAGCGCCGGCUACUACGACGACGCCGGCGACCAUGGCUUCCGCAACCUGACGAUGGCAAGCCACGGCACGGCCAUGCAAGUGUGGGUCGACUACAACGGCACGGCCAGGCAGAUCAGCGUCGCCAUGGCUCCCCUCAAGAUGUCCAAGCCAUCCAGGCCAUUGCUGUCUACCACCUACGACCUCUCCACGGUGUUCACCAUGGACAAGCCCUACAAGGUAGGCUUCUCGUCGGCGACAGGAUCGUUCAACUCCAAACACUACGUUCUCGGUUGGAGCUUCGCCGUGGACGGACGACCUGCUCCGGCCAUCGACGUCGACAAGCUGCCGAAGCUGCCACGCUUCGCCCCCAAACACAAGCCCAAGAUGGUGGAGAUAAUUCCACCAUUAGCGACGGCUGCAUUCGUCGUCGUGUCGCUUCUUUUGAUACGAAGACGGAUGAGGUACUCCGAGUUGCGAGAAGAUUGGGAGGUUGAGUUUGGACCACAUCGGUUCUCGUACAAGGAUCUGUUCCAUGCCACGGAUGGAUUCAAGAGCGAUAAUCUUAUCGGUGUUGGCGGAUUUGGGAGAGUAUACAAGGGAGUGCUACCGUCGUCGAAAUUGGAGGUUGCUGUCAAGAGGGUAUCGCACGACUCGAAGCAAGGGAUGAGAGAGUUCAUUGCGGAGGUUGUUAGCAUAGGUCGAUUGCAGCAUCGCAAUCUUGUGCAGCUACUUGGUUACUGCAGGCGGAAAGGUGAGCUCCUUUUGGUCUAUGAGUAUAUGUCGAAUAGAAGUCUUGAUAAGCAUCUAUACGACGAUGGCGUUUUAGAUUGGGGUCAGAGGUUCCAGAUCAUCAAAGGGAUUGCAUCCGCUUUGCUCUACCUCCAUGAGGAGUGGGAGAAAGUGAUCGUGCACCGGGAUAUUAAGACAAGCAAUGUGCUCCUUGACAGUGAGAUGAAUGGUCGAUUGGGUGAUUUUGGCUUGGCAAGGCUUUACGACCGCGGCGCGGACCCACAAACCACUCAUGUGGUUGGCACCAUAGGAUAUCUAGCUCCAGAGCUUGGUCGUAGCAGCAAGGCCACUCCUUUAACCGACAUAUUUGCUUUUGGCAUAUUUAUUCUUGAGGUUACCUGCGGGCAAAGACCUGUCGUGCAAGUUCCACAUGAGGGCCAUCUUGUGUUGAUUGACUGGGUGCUUGAGCAUUGGCACAAAGGAUCAGUCAUUGAGACAGUGGACCCAAAGCUCCAAGGAAACUAUAAUGUAGAUGAGGUGUGCUUAGUACUAAAGCUUGGAUUAUUAUGCUCACACCCUCUCUCCAAUGCAAGGCCCCCUAUAAGGCAAGUAGUGAAGUAUCUAAAUGGGGACAUGGAAAUGCCAGAGCUGGUGCCAACACAUCAUAGUUUUCAUACACUUGCACUGAUGCAGAACCAGGGAUUUGACUCGUACAUUGCACCAUUCUUUGUUCUUCUUCCCAUCCUUCUCUUCUAUGGAUUUCAUCUUGUUCUGGCCAUCGCUGCCGGCGAUGACCACCAGUUCGUCUUCUCCGGCUUCUCCGGCGCCAACCUCACCCUCGACGGCACGGCCACGGUCACGGCCGACGGCCUCCUCGAGCUGACCAACGGCUCGACGCAGCUCAAGGGCCACGCCUUCUUCCCAGCUCCCCUGAGCUUCCGCAGGUCCGGCAAUGGCAGCACGGUGCGAUCCUUCUCGGCAUCCUUCGUGUUCGCCAUCCUCACGACCUACCCCAACCUGAGCUGCCACGGCGUCGCCUUCGUCGUCGCGCCGAGCAGCGACCUCUCCACGGCGCUGGCGCAGCAGUACAUGGGGCUCACCGACAUCGACCGCAACGGCGACGCGAGCAACCACUUCUUCGCCGCGGAGCUCGACACCAUGCAGAACGUCGAGUUCCAGGACAUCAACAACAACCACGUCGGCGUCGACAUCAACGGCCUCCGCUCGGUGGAAGCACGCAGCGCCGGCUACUACGACGAUGGCAACGGGAGCUUCCACGGCAUGAACCUCAUCGGCGGCGACGCGAUGCAGGCAUGGGUGGAUUACGACGGAGACGUCGCUCGAAUCAACAUCACCAUUGCUCCAAUCGACGUGCCAAAACCAGCACGGCCACUCAUCUCUGCCGCAUACAACCUAUCAGAUGUUCUCAUGGAGCCAUCGUUCAUCGGCUUCUCCUCGUCGACUGGCCCAAUCAACUCCCGCCAUUACGUUCUUGGGUGGAGCUUUGGCAUGAACAAGCCUGCUCCCGCCAUUGAAAUCGCCAAGUUGCCGAAGCUACCUCGCCUCGCCCCGAAGCCUCGAUCCAAGGUCUUGGAGAUCCUGCUUCCAUUAGCUACUGCAGCAUUCCUUUUUUCAUUGGGCAUUGCUGUGGUUUUUGUGGUGAGGAGGAGGCGGAGAUACGCCGAAUUGCGCGAAGAUUGGGAGGAUGAGUUUGGACCGCAUCGGUUCGCGUACAAGGAUCUGCUCCAUGCCACUGAUGGAUUCAAUGACAAGCAUGUUCUUGGGGCAGGAGGGUUUGGCAGGGUGUAUAGAGGAACCCUUCCAAAGUCAAAAUUGGAGGUUGCUGUGAAGAAGGUCUCCCAUGAAUCGAGGCAGGGGAUGAAGGAGUUCGUCGCCGAGGUAGCUAGCAUCGGCCGGAUCCGACACCGGAACCUCGUGCAGUUACUUGGUUAUUGCAGGCGAAAAGGUGAGCUCCUUCUGGUGUACGACUACAUGUCAAAUGGUAGCCUCGACCGAUACCUGCAUUACGAAGGGAACAGGCCAGUCUUGGAUUGGGCUCACAGGUUUCAAGUUAUCAAAGACGUCGCGUCGGGUUUACUCUACCUCCACGAGAAGUGGGAUAAAGUUGUCGUUCACCGGGACAUCAAGGCAAGCAAUGUGCUACUCGACGGAGAAAUGAACGCACGGCUCGGCGACUUUGGCCUCGCGAGGCUAUACGACCACGGCGAUGAUUCGCACACGACGCAUAUGGUUGGCACCAUGGGUUACCUCGCUCCAGAGCUAAUCCACACGGGAAAGGCGUCGACUCUGACGGAUGUUUUCGCGUUCGGCAUAUUCAUUCUCGAGGUGAUAUGUGGACAGAGGCCAAUCAAGCAAGAUGAACAUGGAGCCCAAGUUCUGCUAGUCGAUUGGGUGCUCGAUCAAUGGCAGAAUGGGUCAUUGCUCGACGCAGUGGAUCCAAGGUUGCAAGGUGAGUACAAUGUCGAGGAGGCAUGCCUGGUGCUCAAGCUUGGGCUGCUGUGCUCACACCCUUCUCCCAGUGCCAGGCCAUGCAUGCAGAAGGCCGUGGACUACCUUGAAGGAGACACGCCAGCUCCAGAAAUGGCGUCGACACAAGAGAGCCUGAAGGAGCUAGCCUUGAUGAGAAACAAAGGUUUUGACCCAUACAUCAUGUCGUAUCAUCCGUCAUCGACAGUGAGCUUCGGCACUGUAUCUGACAUAUCAGGAGGAAGAUGAUACUGCUUAAUGCAUGAUGAUGAUGCUUAAUGGCAUCCUGUAAACUUGCUUUACAGCCUUGCAGGACUUGAGUUCAGUAAUUCUGAAGGAGAAAGCAUCAGUGAACAAGAACAACAGAGGCAGUGUUGAUG